GCUAAAACCUAGGCGUGAGCACACCCUCUUUUCUGGGGGUUUUUUGUUCUAGAAGUUGCCGACGCGCCGGGAGCUCUCAGUUCAGUUCCAUGCAAUCAAUCAAUCGCCUGCAGCGAGGAACCUAGGUACAUGCCCAGUCUGUUCCAUUCUUGGCCGGCAACUGCUACCCUCCAUUCCCAGAACGCUGCUGCUCCUGAGCUCGGGACUUCAAUUCGAGAAUGCCUCGGUGGGAACUGCUCGUAUUGACGCCAUACACGCCGUUGGCGCCGCCUUCCAGGGGCCUCCAUCAUUUGUUAUUUUUGUGCGGGAAUAACACACCACGCCCACUCACUCCCGGCUUCUUGCACAAUUGGCUGGCUUCACCUCUCGGAACCUGUCUCGAUUUCUAACACGCCGCCCGGCGCUUAACCCGAUGUCUCAGCCCUGCACAUGCGCCGCCUUUCCCCUUUCUGGUCUCCCUCGAUCCCGGCGAUCGAGGCUUUAUCAGUCAGGCCGUCCGAAUCUGGACUUUCACCCACUAUGAUUGGCCUGGCCCGGUCUGGCAGCCCCAGAGAAAGGGGAAACAGCCUGCAGGGAUCGGCUGUGCUGAUGUCCACCCCCAACAUCACAUUUGCCGCAAGGCCGGAGAGACGCAUCCCCGCCGUACCUCUACCAUUGUGCUACCUCAUCACACCCACCCCUUUCGGGCACUCUGUCCAGCCGGCCUGGAAGUACCCCACUAGGCCACAGGUCUCGAGACCACUGCAUAUGGACCUGAUGAGCUGAUAAGCUCCGAAAGAUCUGGAUCUUGAGACAAUCCGGUGAGCCAUUCUUGGAAGCUUACCGUUCUGGCCCUGCUCUCACCGCCGGAAUCGCAGGCCUCCCGGACGAGGUUUGCCUGUGAACUUGAGCCCGAGUGGCCAUCUUUCCUGUUCCUCAGUUCCUCAGUCCUAGCUGACGCAAGCGCCGUGGGGCCACCUACCCGAGGCUCUGCAAUUCUCCCGGCCCCUCUUUUCCGCCCCCGGCGUUUCGAUGAUGUCCGUCUUUUUCUUUUUGUCCUUGCUGAACUUGUUUGCGCAGCGGCCGCCGCCAGGGGAGGGGUUGUUGAUCGUUAUUCCCACCAAGAUCGCCGCCGCCCCCACCAAGCUCUCCCCGUCUCGCCGCAGCUCGCUGGGCGGCUGGGCAGGCGCGCGGCUUAUACGAUCCGGCCUGGGUGAGCCGGCCGCCUUUGUUCGCAGCCACGGCACAUCGUCGUCUGUGAUCCCCACAACCACCGUGUCGGAGCAGCAGUCUUUUCCUGUGUCGAUAGGCGCCGGUCGAGACAUGGCUGCGUAUCGAGAGGCCUCCGAGGCAUCUAGGACCCCUCCUUCGGUCUUUUCGUGGCCUGGGACUCGCCUAGCUGCCGGAAAUCUCGUCCUUGCCCAGAUGCCGAUAGGUCCAGCAAAGGCUUCCGUUAAGACAAGGCCAGGCCAGCCGCUGGCCGAGACGCCUCCGGACUCUCCUUGA